UGAACUUUAGUGAUGGUUCGAAUCCUGUACAGUAGAUCCAUUUUUUUCAUCCUGGGCCCCAAUGACAAGCAAUGUUUUGUGUGCUACUUGUGUUUGUAUACUGAUUUGUCUCAUUGGGGGAGAGGUUUGGUUUGGGGUGGUUGCUAUUUUUUGUGAUUUACAUUGAACUGCAGUAUAGAGGUGAAGAAUAACCCCAAGCAAAGUAAUGGUGAAAUAGCCAUCUCCUCUAGCACUGUUUUUUUUUUCAUCUGCAGUAUAGUCAACCUGUUUUAUAUUACAGCAUGUUUUAUAAUGGUGAAUCUUAUCUUGCCUUUUCUUUUUUAAUUCAUUAAUCUCUGUGGUCAAUCAUGUCCAAUUGUAUGAAUUAGAGCAUUGGUAAUUUUUGUUAUAUGCUUUGUGCAGUUUUAUCAUUGUGGUUAAGCUGAGUUUUAUUUUUUAUUUUUGGAACACCCCCCUGCCACUAUAUUUACACCCCAUGUGUAUAAGUUGUAAUUUUAGGCCGUAGCAUUCGAAUACCGAUUUUUUUUUUUGCAUUCCCCGACAACUGAUUUUGCAACCCUUUUAAAUUUUGCAAUUCUGUGUCCUAGAAGGUGCAAUUAUAUGUCUAAAACGAUUGUGUGUACUGCAACAACACCUGCUCACUGUGUAUGUCCUUUUUGCUCCUGUUGAUGAUCAAAAACCUAAUUUUUGUACUGUCACUGCAAUUUUAGUUGCACAGAGUAAGCAUGCGCAAUUUUUUAUAUUGAAAAUCAGUGCAAUUCAUGUAUCACUUUAGUGCAAUUUAGUCCAUUUUUGCAUGUUCAGAUAUGAUACAAUUUAUGUUGCACUUCAGUGCAAUUUUAUUUUUCUGUUUAUAAUGAACUUUGUUUUAGAGGCACUCGAUGAAAUGGCAUAGCCAUGGUCCAAUUGCAUGCUUAAGUAGGAUGCAAUUUAUGUACCCAUUUUAUGUAUUGCGGUAGUGCAAUUUUCGCCUACCCUUUUGCAUGCAUAUACCAGCCUAAUUGCAUGUUUAAGUAGCAUGCAACUUACGUAUCAUGGCACUGCAAUUUUUAUUUUUCUAUGUUUCUACCCUUUUUCUAAGGUUUUUCUAAUGGACUUGAUUUGUGUUAGAGGACUCGAUCGGUAGUGCAUAUUUUCCCAACCCUUUUUGCAUGCAUAUACCAGCCUAAUUGCAUAGACGGGGUCCAAUUUUGCAUGCUUAAGUAUGAUGCAAUUUAUAUCACGGCACUUGGACUAGAAUAGAAAAUUUCGCUUCCAAUUUUCCAAAUCAAUUUUGUUUCUAUCACUGCAUAUUUUUGUGAAUGGGUUGUGAAUUCAUUGCCAAGUUUUGAUGGCUGUUGGGUGCUUGAGAUUCUAAUAUGAACAGCCUUCUUCUCCUAAGUUAUGUCACUUUAAGUUUCCUGUGUUAAUGUUUCUUCUUCGGAUGAGCAGCUCGAGUGGUUGCGCUUCUUCUUCUUAAGAAAAGCGGGUACACUGGAAGACAUUGAGCAAUUUUUCUUCACUAGAGAGCAAUGACUUCAUCUAAAAAAAAGAGAGCAAGGACUUGUGUCCAAUGCAAAACAUAAGGGUAGAGUGAAUAAGUACACUGCUUAUGCUUGGGCGUGCAGUAUACUAAGCAAGGGUGGCUGCAAUUCCUAAUCCUAACUCUAAGUGUGCCUGUAUUCUUGCUUUAUCAUGGGUUACAUGCAUUGUAGAAGUCCAGGAUGCAUAUUUUGUCUGACUUGUUUUUUUUGCCUUUCAAUCUGCAGCCUGCUUGAGCUGGAAGUCAAAUUCAAUGGAAAGGCCUGUAUUCUGGAUUGGGUGGAAAUCUUGUCAGUGUUCUACCGGCUUCUGGUUUGUUUGUGGGAAUAUAUGAACUAACAAAAAGGAAACUACUGGACGUGUUUCCUGAAAAUUUAAGGGUCGUUGCUCAUCUUACGGGAUCUAAACCGACCUCAGUCCUCGUACGGCGUAGGAAAACUCCUUCCUAACUUAUGGGUAAUCACAUCGCGAAAUUGACGAGACGGAUCAGGGAGACACCAACGCUCCCCGUCGAGAUCGUCCUCACAAUCAUCGCCCGGGCCGACCCUGUGACGGUCGUCCGCUGUGCCGCUGCCUCCAAGCUCCUGCGCCGCCACAUCGCGGACCCGGCUUUCCAUGCCGAAGUUGGCGCCGCCGGGCGCGGUCGCGGCGGCGCCUACGACCCGUCCCUCCUCCUGGGCAUCUUCCAGCAGCACCGCGACGGCGAGCCGUACCGGUUCGUCCCCGUCCCGCCGUCCCGCGCCAGGCUCACGCUCCCGCUCAUGCCGGCGGGGGACGCCCUUCCAAACUCGUUCGAGCCCGUGGCGUCGCGCGGCGGCCUCGUCGUCCUCCGGCGACGGCAGCGCGUCGGCGGUCCGGUGGAGCUCUGCGUGUGCAGCCCCGUCGCGGGCCGCCGCUCUCUAAUAAUCCUCCCGCCCCUCUCGCUGGACUACUACGACUCGCAUGUCCUGCUCCCCGGAGACGAAGACGACGACAGCAGCAGCAGCACAGGCCGCCGCCACUUUUCCUUCCGCCUGCUCGUCGUGGAGGUGCUGUGCCAGACGCAGACGUUCUCCUCGAGGACGGGCGCGUGGGGCCCGGUCACUGAGGUUGCCGGAGGAGACGGAUACUGGCCCGUGCGUCCCACCGCCGUGGUGCUCCGCGGGGUCGCGCACUGGCUGUGCCGACGCGACCACGUGCCCCCGCGGGGCUCAUCGGAGGAGUUCUUCACAUACCGAGUGGUCAGCCUCCGCGUCGACACCACCGGGGCGCCGCAGCUGGCGGGCGCGGCGAUCGAGGUCCCGCAGUGCUGCCUGCGGCGGCGGUACAGGUAUCCGGCCGCGGUUCCGCGAAGCAAAGAGCUGCUCCUGGUGUCGACGGCCGAGGGGAGGCUGGGCUUGCUGGUCGCCGAGAUCAUGGCGAUAUCCAUAUGGGUCGUCCCGUCGGGGGAGGACGAUUCGUGGGGCGCGCGCCGCGUGGUGGUGGACAAGGCGGCCAUGCUGCGGUCGGUGGAGCUGCGGUGGGAGCUCCACAUAUGCGUGACUGUUGAGAUGGAGUGGUUCGGGGAGGCGAGCGGCGCCGUGGUGUUGCAGGUGCAUGGCGCGGGGGUCCUCGUGCUCGACCUGCGCACCGGGGGCGUCGUCCAGCUGAGCUUGCAUCUCCACAAGCCGCUCCGGUGCUGCCCCUACGAGGCGGGUCUCCUUCCCCUGCUUGCGUCCAUCUCAUCAGCGUGACAACGCACCAAGGCACGUAAGGGCAGUCCCAAUGCUCCACCGUGGACUGUAUCUAAAUUAGCCACGUCGGAUGUUUUGCUUUGGUGGCGAGUUAAUUAAGAAGAAAGAGAAGAUCACGUGGUGCUAAUCGCAUGACAGCUUGGUGCUAAUUUGGGGAUUUUUGCCUUCGUGUGUAUUUUUUUUUUUUUGCAUUCGUGUGUAAUUAGGAUCUUUGGUUAUGAUUUCACCGAUGAUGGAUAUGGAUGCGAGAGUUUAAACUGUGAAGUGCGAAUUCUACUGCUCUAGAUA